AUGACCUGGUUUCUCUCUUCCCAGACAAUUUUGUGUCUUAGAAACCUCAUGAUCAGGUUGGUAUGCUCGAUCGCUCUUUGCCUUAUCGCCAAGUACGUCUGGCGGGCGUUUCUCUCCCCCCUAGCGAAGUUUCCUGGGCCACGAAUUGCCGGCAUCACAAAACUCUACGAGGCUUAUCAUGUCCUUGUCAAGAAUGACUGGCUUGAAAAUCUGGUCUCACUUCACGAGAAAUAUGGGCCUGUCGUUAGGAUCGGACCAAACGAACUCCAUUUCAUUGAUCAUCAGUUUUGCUUAGAGCAUCACAAGCGCGCAGACCUUUUAAAGUGCGAUAACUAUUACGGUCUUCUCGGUAAACUCCUGGGUGGCCUGGCCAGCGCGACCAAGCACUCGAGGAGAGCAGCGGGCAUGCGCCCAAUCUUCUCUGGGCAGACCCUCGCCGAGUUCGUUCCCACUCUGGACAGACACCUCGAAUCCCUGCAUUCGCGCCUCACGGAUGCUGCAGUGAACAGCCAAGUCGUCAAUAUGACAUACCUCCUCUGGGCUUUCACCAACGAUGUUAUGAUCUCGUACCUGACUGAAGAGGACUACGGGUGCCUCAAAGCUUUUGACUUGAAAGCCAUUCACGAUUCCACGCGAGCUUUCAGCGCCAUCGACCUUGCCACAGUCCUCAGGUGUAUGCCUCCCGUCAAACUCAUCUUUGACUAUGUUCCUGCUCUCCGGCGCUACUCGCCCCUUGGAUGGUUGGAUUCUUUGAUCGGUUCACAUGUUAAGCCCAUAGUCAAAUCCUGGGAUAGUGAAAAUAGUCAUCAGGGUGUUUUGGCUCGUAUUUUCAGCGAGGUUGGCAACGAGACUCACACCAUUCAUGAGUCGUCCCAGGCAAUCUUUAUCGGCAACGAAUCACUUCUAAGCAACCUGACUUUUGUUCUCCACCAUCUUAUCAAAAAUCCAGAAUGUGUGAAGAAGAUUCGGGCUGAACUCGAUACACUGGACCUCGGAUUGUACGGAUAUAGAGUGUGGAGAGAUCCCAAAUCGGUACAACUAAGAUAUCUUGACGCAGUAUGCAAGGAGUCAACUCGGUUGAGUUCACCGAGUUGGCAUCGACAACCAAGACAAAGCAAACAACCAGUCAAUUAUCAGGGUACAAUGAUACCUGCGAUGGCCAGCAUAAGCUUCACAUUGAGCUUGCUUGAGCACGACGCUAAACUAUUCCCCGAGCCGAAUGCCUUCAAGCCCGAAAGGUGGCUUGGGUACAGUCAGCAAGCAAAGGCAACUAAAAGUCAUUCCGUCACGUUUGGCACUGGCACAAGAACAUGUCUAGGACAGCAUAUUGCGCACAGGGUUCUACGCAAAACAGUCGCACUUAUCGUGUACAACUUUAAUAUUUCAGUGUGGGACGAAAGCCUCGACAAAACGGAGGGAUGCCGAUACUUGAGCACCUAUCCAACAAAAGGUCAAGAGGGCUACAUGAGAGUUCGAUUGACUCCGAGAUUCAAUCGCAGUGCAUAG